UUUACUUCCUCAGUAUAUAUUCUUCCAACAGAUAUUUGAUCAACAAUUUACACUUUGUGUGUGUGUGUGUUUUCUAAUCCAAAUCUGAAAAAUGGGGAGGGGAAAGGUGACUUUAAAGAGAAUUGAGAACAAUAUUAAUCGCCAAGUCACAUUCUCUAAACGGAGAUCAGGACUCUUGAAGAAAGCACAUGAAAUCUCAGUGUUAUGUGAUGUGGAAGUCGCUCUCAUCAUCUUCUCCGCCAAAGGAAAGCUAUGCGAGUUUGCGACUGAUGCCUCCAGCAUGGAUAGGAUCCUUGACAAGUAUGAGAGAUACUCAUAUGCAGAAAGACAGCAUAUUGCAACUGAUCAUGAAUCACAUGGAAGUUUGACUUUGGAGCAUGCAAAGUUGACAUCCAGAAUGGAACUACUUCAGAAAAGACAAAGGCAUCUCAUUGGAGAAGACCUAGAUUCCUCUAGUCUGAAAGAGCUUCAAAGGUUGGAGCAACAAAUUGAUACAGCGCUUAAACAUAUUAGGUUAAGAAAGAACCACCUAAUGUUUGAAUCAAUUUCUGUUCUUCAAAAGAAGGAAAAGCAGCUGGAGAAUCGAAACAAAGGUCUCUCAAAGAAGAUCAUGGAAGUGGAGAACGAGCUAACACAACAGCCGAUUGUAGAGGAACAAAACCCCGACGAUACGUUGAUGCUUCGUUUGGAUAAUGACAUCAGGACGUCAUGUCAAAAAGGAGAUGAUGAUAAUGGUGUAGUAGAAGAAAUUCCAAGACAAGCAAGACCAUUAAUCGUCUUGCCCCCGUGGAUGCUUCAAUAUAUGAACAACUAAUAUAUGCUUCAAAGUUAAGAGCACUACUAGAAAACUGGGCUUCAGCGACGGUCCGUCGGUAACCGCUAUCACGGAGCCUUAAUUUCAUCAACUACAGUACUAUAGUAUAUGAUGCAUAUCUAUAUGUGUAGUAGUAUAUGGAUAAUAAUGUAUUUCAACUGGAGUCCUUAUUUCUUAUA